AUGGACGAAAACGAGUUCUUCAGGGAAACAGUGCAGCAUUUAGCGCGAUGUUUGUCUAGUUUAAACCCGACACCAUGGGAGAAGGUGAAUACACUGUUCAUGCUGUGCCCUCAAGCCAGCAGUUCAUUUGUUGUAAAUCCACGCAGCCAAGAAGCGUCCAUAGCACUCGGACUAUACUUCUUGCAAAGUGGCUUUCAGCACCAAGAAAAACUACUGCCAUAUUUCCUGAAAGUACUAAAGUGUUUAACAAAUGCACAGUUUGAGGAGCCUCUCUCCAGAAUUAGAAAUGGUGACCGUAAGUAA